UGUGGGUCACAUGAUUUUGCUAAACAAGAGCUGCUUGGAAAAUGGCAGCGUUCUUACAGUGGAGACGUUUUGUAUUUUUCGAUAAAGAAACGGUGAAAGAUCAGAGCGAAAAUGGGAAAAAUUUCCAACUACCGGUCGGAAUAUCGGCCUGUGAUUCAGGUCGAGGACACAUUGUGCUUGGAGAUAUGGACGGGCAGAUCUGGUUUUUGACCCGCUCCCUGCAGCUGUCCAGCUUUCAGGCUUAUAAGCUGCGCGUGACACACCUGUACCAGCUGAAACAACACAACAUCCUGGUGUCUGUGGGUCAGGAUGAGCCUGGCAUCAAUCCUCUGGUGAAGGUGUGGAACCUUGAUAAGAAGGACAGCGGCAGUCCUCUCUGUACCCGGAUAUUCCCUGCCAUACCUGGAAACAAACCUACUGAAGUGUCUUGUCUUAGUGUACAUGAAAACCUUAAUUUCAUGGCAAUAGGUUUUACAGAUGGAAGUGUUGUGCUGACGAAGGGUGACAUCACCAGAGACAGACACAGUAAAACUCUCAGCCUCCAUGAGGGCAACUGUCCAAUCACAGGCCUGGCUUUCCGGCAGGCUGGGAAAGUCACACACCUGUUUGUUGCCACUUUAGAAAAAGUGCAGUGCUACACGUUAUCAGUGAAAGAGUACCCUCGUAUAGAACUGGACACACACGGCUGUGCCCUCCGCUGCUCGGCGCUUACAGACCCCUCGCAGGACUCACAGUUCAUAGUGGCUGGAGAUGAAUGUGUGUAUUUGUACCAGCCUGAUGAGAGAGGACCCUGUUUUGCUUUCGAUGGGCACAAACUUCUAACUCACUGGCACAGAGGAUACCUGCUGCUGCUCACACACAAUAACAAGUCACCCAGCAAAUCUGAUUAUGGCAGCAGACAGACAUCCCCUACAGAAAAGCACAUCCUGACCAUUUAUGACCUUGACAACAAGUUCAUCGCGUACAGUGCGGCGUUUGAUGACGUCAUUGACGUUCUGGCAGAAUGGGGCUCUUUUUAUGUCCUAACAAGGGACAAAACACUGUAUAUGCUGCAAGAAAAAGACACGCAGACCAAGCUAGAGAUGCUGUUUAAGAAGAACCUGUUUGUGAUGGCCAUUAACUUGGCUAAAAGUCAACAUCUGGACAAUGAUGGUCUGUCUGAGAUAUUCAGACAGUAUGGAGACCAUCUUUACGUCAAAGGGGAUCAUGAUGGAGCUAUUCAGCAGUAUAUUCGCACCAUUGGGAAGCUUGAACCCUCAUACGUAAUCCGUAAAUUUUUGGAUGCACAGAGGAUACAUAACUUGACAGCGUACCUACAGGCCCUCCACAGGCAGUCACUGGCCAAUGCUGACCACACUACUCUACUGCUCAACUGUUACACCAAACUGAAGGACAGCUCCAAGCUGGAAGAGUUCAUAAAGAGCAAUGAAAGUGAGGUGCAUUUCGAUGUUGAAAUUGCCAUCAAGGUGUUACGUCAGGCUGGUUAUCACAGUCAUGCCGUGUUUCUGGCAGAGAGACACAUGCACCAUGAAUGGUAUCUAAAGAUCCAGCUAGAGGAUUUGAAGAAUUAUCAGGAGGCCUUACGCUACAUUGGAAGGUUGCCAUUUGAUCAGGCAGAGAGCAAUAUGAAGCGUUAUGGAAAAACUUUAAUGCACCAUGUGCCUGAAAGCACCACAAUCCUCUUAAAACGCCUUUGCACCGACUAUCACCCCAGCAAAGACUCAACCGACCGGGACAGCCUGGACAGGCCUGCAGAAAACAAGGCCAAUCCAGAAGAGUUCAUCCCAGUCUUUGCCAAUAACCCACGAGAGCUGCGAGCGUUCCUAGAACACAUGAUCAAGGUGGAUCCGUUCUCACCUGAGGGAGUUUAUGACACUCUGCUGGAGCUCAGACUACAGGACUGGGCACAUGAGCAGGACCCAGGGAAGAAGAAAGCUCUGCAGGAGGCAGCAUUGUCCCUGCUGAGGAGCGACAACACUGUGUUUGACAAAGCCCUGGUGCUCUGCCAGAUGCACAACUUCAAGGAAGGCGUGCUGUAUCUGUAUGAAAAGGGCAAACUGUUCCAGCAGAUCAUGCAUUACCACAUGCAGAAUGAGGAGUAUGGGAAAGUCGUGGAGGCCUGUAAACGUUAUGGGGACAGUGAGGUGUGUUUGUGGGAACAGGCUCUUGGCUAUUUUGCACGCAAAGAAGACAACUGCAAGGCCUACAUUAGUGAAGUCCUGCAGCACAUUGAUGAAAAUAACUUGAUGCCUCCACUUCUGGUGGUGCAGACUUUGGCUCAUAAUUCCACAGCAUCUCUGUCAGUCAUAAAAGACUACCUGAUAAAUAAACUGGAGCGGGAGACCCAGCAGAUUGAGGAAGAUGAAAGGAAAAUUCGACAGUAUAGAGAGGAAACAGCCCAUCUUCGUGCUGAAAUACAGGAACUUAAAACCUGUGCAAAGAUCUUCCAGAAGACCAAGUGCAGCAUGUGCAACAGCCCGCUAGAGCUGCCAUCUGUACACUUCCUGUGCGGCCACUCUUUCCAUCAGCACUGCCUAGAGAGCUUUGCAGAGAGUGAGGCCGAGUGCCCCACCUGCACCCCUGAGAACAGGAAAGUGAUGGACAUGUUGCGUGCGCAAGAUCAGAAACGAGAUCUGCAUGAUCAUUUCCACAGACAGCUCAAAUGCUCCAAUGACGGCUUCUCAGUCAUCGCUGACUAUUUUGGCCGUGGCGUGUUUAACAAACUCACUCUGAUAACGGAUCCUCCUGGAGGAAAGAGUGGAGCUGGGAAUCUGGAGGCUGAAUUCAGCAGAGAUCUGCUCAUUAACACCAAGAGGAAUGUUUGAGAGCUGGACAGGAGUUCAUAUUAAAAUAAGCUGUCUGACUCUGGUCUGCUUCAGAAACGACUUGAAUGGCCUUUGAAAAACUCCAAAUGAACCCCCGCAACUCCUCUUCUUGGUGUUGAUUUAUUUAUAGGCUGGACUGCGGAGAGCAAGAUGACAGCUUGUUCAGAAUGUCUGUGUAGUCUGCAACAUCAGAUCAGCAUAAAGUGGAAAGUAUCAAAACCACAGUGGGUGAUGAUAACAUUUAAGAUCUUGCACUUCAAGACUGUGACCUUUUCAAGCUUUGAAUUCAGCUGCCGUAGGCACACUAUAGAAGACAACUUGCACAACUUACUUUUGCAUCCCUUAAUAAUUUAUGUAUAAUAUUUAAUCAGUAUUGCAACCAUUCACUAGUGCAGAUAAAGCAACUAAUCAACAAUAAAAUAAAACAAUAAAAGUGUCUUUAAUAAAUGUAAAACAUCAUUGACUUGUAACUUGUAAUUACAUUGUAUUUUAUUGUAUUAUCUCAGAUGUUUGUUGAGAUCUAAAUUUGUAAAGAAUUAAUAAAAAUGAAAUAUUUACACAGCAUUUUACAUCACAGAGGCAAAAGAAUACAGAAAUGUUUAAAAAAAAUAUAUAUAUAUUUUGCAGUCACUCAUUGGAAAACCACUGAACAAAUCUACCUUCAUGUAUUUACACCUUCGCUAGUGUCUCGUUUGCAAAACUAUUUGGCAAGUUAGAAAAGUUGUGCAUGCAAAGCUGAACCAGCAAGAAAAGGUGCUAAAAACCACAUCCACAUCCUGUUCUCAAGAGCUGAUCCAUGAUGCCUAGAACUGCUGUAAGUCUCGGAUGACUGCCAAAAAGCUUGGUUAAAAUCACCUUUUUAAAUCUUGAACCUGUUUUACCCACAAAACCACAAUGACAAUGUAGGGCUGGAUUGGUUUCUUGUUUAAAAAUAUAAAAAAGUAAAAAUAUGAAUGGUAUUAUAAUAUUAUACUAAAUCUAAAAAUAAUGGGAAAAACCCUUAAGAUAAUGUAGAAAGAAAAAAAAACAACGCUGAACCAGCUAACCAAGCUAAUACGAGACAUACUAGAAACUUCCCAGCAGGUGUGUUAUGGCAAGUUGGAGCUAAACUCUGCAGGACACCAGCUCUUCAGGACCGAGUUUGGGCACCUCUGCUCUCAUCAUCAUUGUUGAUGGCUUUUUUAGUAUGUUUGUAAAACCAAUGACAGUCUUCUCAAUCUCAGCUUUACAUUAUACUACUCACUCGAGCUCAGUUUAGUGUCACAGAUAAAGUCCAAGCAUAAAGAGACAAUUAGUUAACAGAAAGUUAAUUGAUUCAGUAAAUAAUGUCUCCCUAGUUACAUAACACACACCUUUGAGUUUCUCUGUUCUUUCUCCCGCCAUAUUUCAGCAGACUGAGGGAAACCACAUGUUUUCUCAAUGACGUGAGUGUGAACAAUUCAGGUUUAGCAGUAAACGUUUAUGACUUAGGACUUAUUUAUUUUUUUCAGGUCAGCCAUUCAUUAAGCAAUUAGCAUGUGUGCUGAAACUCAUCAGCAAAUGCAUACGGUUCGUCCAAUGUAAUUGUGAUGUCCAUGUCAAAUACAGUUUAAUAAUAAUAAUCUGCCUGUCAGGUAUUAAUUAGACAGGCGUCAUUUAAAAUAAACAUAUAACUUUUUGUGGACUGGAAAA